CUCUGGAGCAGUCAUUCCAACAAGGGACAGACAGCAGAGGAGUCUAGAUAUGAACAGAUCCUGGGCAUGCCAUACAUCGGGGCACAUCAGCUGCCCCUGAGAGCUGGGCAGGGAAGCGGCUGUUGUAAUAUACAAAAUCCUCUGAGAAUCCACCAGAUAAAACUGCUUAUAUUAUGAAAGCACUAACCCUUUUGAGCACGGUGAGUGAACAAUUUUAUGUCUCUCCUUGCAGAAAUUGAAGCCAGAGAAGCCUGCAACUGGCUGAGAGCUGCCGGCUUUCCCCAGUACGCUCAGCUCUUUGAAGAUAUGCAGUUUCCUAUUGAUGUAAAAACUGUGAGGAAAGAUCAUGAAUUUUUAGAUGGAGAUGCGAUUGAGUCACUAUUCAGACGUCUGAACACAUUGAACAAGUGUGCCUCUAUGAAAGUGGAAAUAAGCCCUCGGAGGAGACGGAGUGAUGACUCUGAAGAUGAUGAACCUUGUGCAAUAAGUAACAAAUGGGCUUAUGAGCGAUGCAGCCAGAGAUGGUCUCGUAUUGAGAGCCUAGAAGGUUUCCCAGGAGAGGAGGGUGCCAGUGCAUCAGUCCCAGGCAGUCCAGUACUGAAGAGCAUCAGCAAUGAGGACACUAACUUUCCAGAUCAUGGCGAGAAACAUGAUGUGUCAUCACUUCACAGUACUAGCAGUGGUGACAGUGACAUUGCUAGCUUCCCAAAACCUUUUGAAGAUGUGGAAACCAGCACAAGUUCCUCAAGGUGUUCUUCAGUUAAGGUGGCUUCUCUGAACUCCACUUUUAGUUGUUCUUCUCCACCCAGUGAAUUUUUAAAUAUAACCAGUGAAGAGAAGGUUUUGGAUAAGUCACCAUAUAAAAAGAGGAAGAGCCUCCUAAAGAAAAUGGAGAAGUUGCACUUAAAGAGCUGCAACUUAAGGAGUGGUCAGUCAAAGGCUAAACCCAUAAUAAGUGAACCUGUUCUUCUGGAAGGACUUAAUGAAGAAAAGAUGAAGAUGCUGAACUGUGUGAAUAUUUCUGACCUCUCUGUCAUCCAAAUGAAGAACAAUUCUUCUUUUUCUCCCCAGAGCUGCAGUAGCUGCAGUCGAUCUGACAACAGCAGCACAGUGAGCACUCCAAGUCCUGUUAUACAACCACGAAGCCACUGUGAAGGAAUGGGGGUGUGUGCAGAGGACUUGGAUUCUAGCCAGCUCCUGCCAUGGAAUGAUCUGUCUCAGCAAAACCUAAAAAAUAAAGACCCAAAGGUACGAAUGAACCAGAUGUUUCAAAUACCACAAGGCCAUAAACCUGGCACUUUCCCCAAAGCACUUACAAACAGCUCCCUGUCUCCAGCAGAAAACUCUUCCGUCAACUGGAGAACUGGGAGUUUUCAUGGGUACAGGAGGAGCCAGAGCAGAAGUACUGCCAAGGACUCCAAAGCCCCCAGGAGUCCUCUGUCAUGCACGAAUAAUAGACUAAGUGUAUAUGACAACAUGCCCAAUAUUGAACUUGAUGAUUUGGAAGCAGCACAAGUUGGUGAUGAGGAUGUGUUUUCAGAACUGAACAAUGUUAUAGAAGAUGUCAAUGGUCUCAAAAAGUUGGUUGAUCAGUGGACAGAGAAGUUUUCAGAUGAUGGGGUUUCAGACUCAGCCAGUGACUUGCCUUUUUUAUAUCCAUCCUCACCUCAAGAAAUCUGUCUUGAAACAGAGGGCUCAGAAGAUAAGACAGCAGACCUCCCAACCACUGAGGGAGAGACCAGCUGUGACCUGGGCAAGGCUGCAGACCUGACAUACCUGACAGACUCUAAGACGACCAACAGGCAUGGGAAGCAACACUGGUCUGUGGAAGAGAGGGUGAACCUGGAAAGCCUUCCUAGCCAGAAGGAUAGUCAGUCAGCUGCCCAGCUAGCCCGGACGCAAAAGCUGGCUUUGCUGAAACUCACUGCUUUGAUGGACAGAUACUCCCCUUCCAGUAAGCAGGGCUGGAACUGGACUAUACCAAAGCUCAUGAAAAAAAUAAAAGCCUCUGACUACAAGGACAAAAAUGUGUUUGGGGUCCCUUUGCUUCUGAAUGUUCAGCGAACGAGCCACCCGCUGCCCAACGGGAUCCUGCAAGCCCUGGACUAUCUAAGGAGCCACUUUCUUGACCAGGUUGGCCUGUUCCGAAAAUCAGGUGUUAAAUCCAGGAUUCUGUCCUUAAGGGAAAUGAAUGAGACCAACCCAAACAACGUCUGUUACGAAGGGCAGUCAGCGUUUGAUGUGGCUGAUAUGGUGAAGCAGUAUUUCCGAGACCUUCCUGAGCCUAUAUUUACUAGCAGGCUCUGUGAAUCUUUCCUCCACAUCUACCAAUAUGUGCCAAAAGAUGAGCAGUUUCAGGCUGUCCAGGCUGCUAUUCUCCUUCUCCCAAAGGAAAACAGAGAAGCUUUGAAAAUCCUGCUCUUCUUUCUACGAGACGUGGUUGCUUUUGUUGAAGAAAACCAGAUGACCCCAACCAACAUUGCUGUGUGUCUUGCACCUUCUUUGUUUCACCUCAACACCCUAAGACGUGAUAGUUCCUCCUCCUCCUCUGCUAGUCAGAGGAAGUGCAGCUUGGGGAAGCCAGACCAGAGGGAGCUGAAUGAGAACCUGGCAGCAACACAGGGCCUGGCCCACAUGAUCAUGGAAUGCAACAGACUCUUCCAGAAUGACUUCCCAGCUUGACCUCGGCCUUUCUUCGUCAUUAUGGACUUGCCUGGCGACCACUAGAUUGUGGCUGACCCUGGUUGCUGUCACUGGACCUGAUCCUGACCUCCCUUGCUGACUCACCUUCCUGGCUCAACCUUGGACUGCAUCACCAUGGAUGUGUCUGAUGAUUUGGACUCUUGGCUGACUCUGGCUGCCAUCCCUGCCCCAGCUCAGGUACUGUGGGACCAGGUGGCUUCCUGGCCAGCUCUGUUAUCCUGCUCAACUCCCAGCUCCUUACCCUCAGGAGCCCAGCAGCCCUUGUUGCACCCUGACAGUCAGCUCAGGCCUUCUUGUGCCCCACUCCAGCACCACAGCGGGGCAAGAAACAAUGCCCCAUGGCUGCCCUGAACUGACACAUAGCUCUGCCCCAGGGCUCCCCCAGCACUCAUGCUGCCCAACCAGCCCCUUCCUUCUGAGUGACAACCACCCCCCUCACCCAGCCUGGGGUCUGAUCUCCCCAUGGCAUGAGUCUCCAACCUAGCCACAGUUCCUAAGUGAUCUCCUUCACCUCAGCCCAACCAUGGAUCCCUCUUUCCUCAGGGGUGGCCCAAACCCCUCUGCCAAGCCCCAGGGCCCCUUGGGGGUGCCAUGGCUCCCUCUGCCUGCCAUAAACCCUGCAGUCAGCCCUGGCAACACAGGAAUUGGCUUCCAUGGCCCCCCCGAAAUAGCCUCCAAGGGCCUCUGAGCUGCCCUUGGCCCUGCAGACAUCCUGCACAUUCCUGCUCCAACUGGGAUGGGUCACCUGGAGCUGCUGCUGCCUGGGAGCUGAGGAGCUGCAUCUGCUGGGGUACCCAGAGAUGCCUGGAGAGGCUGUUCCCCUGCUGCUGGUGACCUGGAGGAGAGACUGCAGGCAGCUCUGUGGGGCAGCCUCUGCCACACUGUGCCUGGACACAGCCCUGCUGCUCUGGAGCUGAUGGUUGGUCCUGCCUGGUCACCCUGGACUGCAGCUGCUGCCAUUAAUGUCACUGACCCUGGCCCUGCCUGCCUGGCCUCCCCGAUGGAUGUGACUGGGACUCUGCUGGUCACCACUGCCCCUGCUGGGCCUGCUCUGCAUCCUCUCAGGUACCUGACUGUUGCCUUCAUCAGCUUACUUACAUCUUCCAUGAGACAGGAAUCCUGAGCACCAGGGCCUUAUGCUGCAGGGCUGGGAUGAGACUGCUUGGCUCCCCUGAGAGCUCUGUGCUCUGCUGAGGGAUGGAUGCCAGAGAUGACAUCAAAAGCUGGGUGAUCUGCUCACAGCUGGCAAAUAAGGUAAAGAGGAUGGUGGGGCUCACCAGAGUAAGGUUGUCACAGGGCGUGUGGGUGGUUGUGCUGUGGUUGGAGGGUUUCCUGGAGGUUUUCCUGUG